UGAACUUGGGAGUUCGCCCGUCUCUCGCGUCAGUCCCUGCCAGUACUUCAACCCUCAUCCCUACUAUUUUGUGCUUUUGCACCGAUCGCCUUUCGCCACGGUUUUGCCAAGACUACUGCUCCCGGAAUAUUUGCGGGCGUCCGCUAUUGGUUAAUCGUCUUCAUCUGUCAAGCGGUGUAGGCGGGACUCGACUCGCCGUAGCUCCCCAGAGGAAAGAGAGGCUAAAGCUGCACUUUUCUGUUCUGUUGGAAGAGCAUCUCUCUGGCGCUCGCUAACAGUUACACCUUGUCUCGGCAACGGGAUCACGGAGAACUGUGGGACUUGACUGCAGGAAACGCAGCCGUUCACGCGCGAGGAGCCUAUAUAAAUUGCACGCCUCACCUGGAUAAACCCGCCUUCAUACGGAGAGGAAAAAGGAGAAGAAAGCUAUUUCGAGUGUCGCAGCACAGCGGGCUGAAGGAAGCGAGAAGAAUAUGAUUCUCAAGCAGUAUUUGUUCUUCGCCCUUUACUGCUUCUGCGGGAUCGUUCUAAAAGGGACGGCAACGAAAAAAGCAAGAGGUGCCCAGUCCCAGUUCCCCAUCACUCACAAUGUGACCGUGACGCAGGGAGGCACGGCCAACAUGACCUGCCGCGUGGAACACAAUGACAACACCUCCCUCCAGUGGUCGAACCCGGCACAGCAGACGCUGUUUUUCGGAGACAAGAAAGCUCUGAGGGACAACCGGAUCGAGCUGGUGCGGGCCUCCUGGCAGGAGCUGACCAUCAGCAUCAGCGAGGUGUCCCUGUCGGACGAGGGACAGUACACCUGCUCCCUCUUCACCAUGCCCGUCAAGACCACCAAGGCCUACCUCACCGUGCUGGGAGUUCCGGAGAAACCCGAAAUCGACGGGCUUCCGAAACCCGCCGUGGAGGGGGACGAGAUCACCCUCACCUGCGUCUCGUACGGGAGCAGGCCCGCCGCCGACAUCAGGUGGUUCCGCAACGAGAAGGAGGUCAAAGGUGCCAAGGAGGUGAAUGCCAGCGGGAAGACGUUCACGGUCAAGAGCUCCCUGCAGCUGCAGGUGGACCGCAACGACGACGGCGUGGCCUACACCUGCCAGGUGGACCACGUGUCGCUGGCCUCGUCCCCCAGGCAGGCCAUCGAGGUGCUGGAGGUCCACUAUGCCCCUCGUGUGGAGAUCACGCCCUCCCUCACAUUCCCACAGGAAGGAGACUACCUGAAGCUGGACUGCGUAUCCAAAGGCAACCCACUGCCGGAGCCGGUGCGAUGGACCAAGGAUGGGGCGGAGCUCCCCUAUCCCGAUCGGAUGAUCGUGGAGGGGCGGGAGCUGACCAUCACGGCCCUCAACAAGACGGACAACGGCACGUACCGCUGCGAGGCCCACAACCUCCUGGGCGGCAGCAGCGCCGACUACGUGCUCUACGUUUACGACGUCCCCACCACAAUGCCUCCAUCUCCAACUCCCCCCCCUCGACCCGUCCUCCCCGACACAACCGCUUUCUUAGACACCCGCGUCACCAAACCCACCGCCACCGGCAUUGAGAGAGAUCCCAAUGCCCUGGAGCAGAGCGGUCCGGACCACGCGCUGAUCGGGGGGGUCGUUGCCGUCGUCGUCUUCAUCACCUUGUGUUUGAUAAUUGUUUUGGGGCGAUACCUGGCACGGCACAAAGGUACGUACCUGACGAACGAGGCCAAAGGCGCGGACGAUGCCCCUGACGCGGACACGGCCAUCAUCAACGCCGAGGGGAACCACGCGCACGCGGAGGAGAAGAAGGAGUACUUCAUUUAGACUCUGGGCCCCUCCCCCCCUCGGGCGCCUCCCCCCCUCGGGCGCCUCCCUCUCGAUGACAGCGGCGGUCUCCGUGGAAACGCGGACCUGCUCCACCCCCCCCCCCCCAAGUCGGCUUUUUGUUUCCCCCCUCCCCUCCUCUUUUAAAGCCCGUUCUGCUUUUUUUUUAAUUUAAUUUAUCUCUUGAUUUGAGUUAGAUUAGACUUUUUUUUCUUUCUUUCUUUUCCGAGGCCACAACUUCCCUUACGUUUCAUUGGAUGGUUUUUACAAGCAACUAGCUGCAGGAAAAGAUGUCGCCUUUUUCUAUUUUGUAUCUGCGAAACGCGAAACCCCCCCCACAACCAUUUAGACCAUUCUUAUCUCUCACAACCCCCCCCCCCAAAGCCCCCAUGCCCCCCUUUCUCCAUUAUAUGUUUACACAGUGCCUAAAUAUACAGAUAUACGUUGGAUUUCAGUCAAUGCCUUCAUUUAUUUAACUGACAAUGUAACUGGUUGCUUGCUUUUUUUCUUGAAAAAUCAUUGUUAUGAUGAUAUUGAUUAUUAUUAUUAUUAUUAUUAUUAUUAGGGAAUAUACUGAUCUCUCUCUGUUAUAUCUAUCUCUUGUCACACUGUAUAUCUUCUGCAGCUAUCUUUCAUACAGAAGUACGACAUUCGCAGAAAAGCUGGCCAAUCGUACGUCAGCGUGCGGAAAUAUUCCGCCAUGCCAAUACAAGUUGCUCUAAAACACAAAAAAAAAACGAAAGAAUUUCUGGAAAAGAAAAGCACCCUUUGCAGGACUUGUAGAAUUUUGCGAUUAUGGGUAACGUCAAAUGGAUUCAGUGAAAGAUGUGAAAUGGUGGGGUGGGGGUGGCGGGGGGUGUGUACAAUUAAACAGGUCGUGAAUGUUGUUCGUGUUCAGAGCGGUAAAGUUGUGUGUGGUCAGUCAGGCGGCGCAGCUCGACGAGAGCUCGCGUCAACACCCGCGGGAUUUCAGCAUCAGUCUGUGGGAAACAACCGAGGAGUAAAACUCAGAUAAAUGUAAAUAUCUGAACACCAAAAAAAUAUAAGGAAGUAACAUUACGUUCGAAGGAGCACAACGGUAAUGUCGUGUGAAUAUGUAUUACUUACGUCAUUCAUGAUAAUUCCUUUGAUUCUUUUGCUUCGCCUGUAUAUUCCUGCACUGUUUAGCUUUGACGAAGCUAACGCCCGACGUACCCUUUGCAUACGCGUUUUGCGGCGAGAUCACUGUACAGUACUACAGUACUAUCAUGUUACAUUCUCCAUAUUCCUUCUGCCAUCAGUUAUUUCAGGCAGAAUAGAACCGGUAAUCCCUUUUUGACAUUUAUUGUUUUUUUUUUUUUCUUUUUCAAUUUAUAAAUAUACAAAUACUUUGUUUCCCAUUGGUAUGUAAAAUGCAUCACUGUGCGAAAACAAAAAACUGAAUAUCUUGAAAGCUACUACAGCUGCAUUGGGAGGAUUAGGAUCUUGCCCCCAUCUCUUGGGGCAGUUGGUAUUGCUAUUGGUAUAGAAAAGUAGGUGCGAAAACAAAGAUUAAUAUCCCACCCAAAUCUAGUUUCUCCCAUCAUGAAUGUCAUUUUUGGAAAUUAGUAGACUUUCGUUUUAAGUUAUUACCACCAAACCCCUUGCAUCAACGUUAUGUGUUAGCUGGUAUAAGCUGUCUUUUUCUCAUCAGUUUGAUAUUUUUUUAAAAAGAAAUCACAAAAAAAAUUCAGAAGCACAAACAGUUUGAUAGAGAUACAGUAUUGCUUUGGCAACCGGUGGACUGUCUCAGGAUUUGAAGGAGGAGACUGAUGUGGAAAUUAAGCUAUUAUAAAACGAUGGACAGAAAUUGGCGCUCCCCGAUUCAAUCAAGAAAAUAAAGAAACAUAUCCUUGGAUUAUUCAAAAAAUAUAUGGUAAAUGGAAAAUUGAAAGUGUUUUUUAAACUGUGUUUUAUUUUUGUUUAUAUGAUUAAUAAUCUCCCUUGUCAAUACGGUUGUAUAUUAUGUCUGCUAAAUGUGGUUACUAGUGAAAAUUGUUGUUAGACUUUGGGAUCCCUCAUACCUUAAAAAUUUGUAUAUUAGCCAAUUUAUCUAUUGAAAAUAGUCCAUAAAACUUUUCAAUUUGUCAUCUGUCACUGCUAAUUAAAAAAAGAACAUGAAAAAUGUGUUUUCUUUCAGCACAAGGCAUGUAUAUACUGUGUAAGUACUCAAAUUUGGAAAAUACGCACAUGUUGAUUCUUAAUCAAGCUUUUUCGAAAAUUUGAUUGAUUUGAUUAACAUGUUAGGCGUCCAUUUUGAAAAUAUUUUUCAUCUUUUAGGUUUGGAGGGUGCCCUCUGAUAUGCAUAUCGGUCAUGGUACAGCACUGAAUCUUAUAAGAUUAUUCAUAUCUCAACUGAUUCAUUCCAACAGUGUGGGAGGUCAAAUCAGCUUAUUUGUAUAGUAGCAUCAGUCAGCUCAUAGUAGUCUUACAAGUCUUUUUCUUGAAAGACUUGUGUCAGUCAUUCUCAGACAAUUUUCACUCAGUCACAGCUGUAAGUAACAUUAUUGCCAUUGAGGCACUGCAUCAUCAUUAUUAUUAUUAUUAUUAUUAUUAUUAUUAUUAUUAUUAUCAUCAUCAUCUAAAGCUUUAAGGUUCCAAACAAUAAUCAGUCUCUUUUAAUAUCGCUCACACCACUUGGCAAAUGGCUAAAUAAUGUAAUGUUAAUUUACUUUUCUUUCUAUGAUUUAUGUUAUUCUGGCACAUGUCCUGUAUAUGCAUACUAGUCCAUGGCUGCCCAUGGCAAGUGGGUAGAGGAGGCUGGAAACCAUUGACGACGGUUUAAUCAACAGUUUUUUUGUGAUUAUUAUGGUAUGGCGGUAACUCUUACUCAGAAACCAUCUUUGGAAUCACUUUGGAUGUUAAAUAUACAGAACAGGUGGUUUAUGGGGGCACUUAAUGUUCAUUGCUGCCAUCUUGAAUUUGCCGCUGUGCCCUGAAAGGAGAGUGUUAGCGUUGGCUCCUUAGCGUAGGUUUCGAAGAGGUUUUGUUGCAAACAGACUCACAAAUAGAUGUAUGGUCUGAGCGUGGAUUCCUGGUCUUAGGCCUCGCCUAAUUCUGUGCCGUGGGGCGCCAUCGAUGCAAGUAUUUAUUUAUUUUAUUUCUUCAACAUUCAGAGUGUUGGAUGGUAAAACGGCUGCUUUUGCUUGUUGAGAGGGAUUAUAACGUUCUGGGGUCAUUCCUUUUUUUUUUUUUUUUUUAAAGUAGCAAUUUGCUGGUUCCUAAUAAAGUUCUCGGAAGUCUUAUCUCAAAUGUACUCCACUUUAAGCGAAAGUCAUUAAUGAUACUGUAUUGGAAUAAACCAAGCGGCUUCAGUUCACCACAAUUGCCUUUGUGUUUGCAGCAGACAGUGUUGAUGCCGUGUUGAGCAGAAGAUCCUUGUGCAGGAUAAUAACCCGCCUGCUUCCUGCUUCCUGUAUCACAGGAAGUUGCAUCAUAACACAUCCCAUUACGGUUUAUCCUUUUUUUAAACACUUUUUUGUGUGACUUAAUGGCUUUAACGUGACUGUAAUCAUACAGAUGCUUUUUUGUAGCUUUUUAAAAAAAAAUUCUUUUUUGUUUUAUUUAUUUUUAUUUUUUUAUUUUAUUUUUUGCAUUUUCUGAUAAAUAAGGGCCAGUACUACCAAGCUCAUAAUGGUCAGCCUAAAAAUGAUAAUAUUGGAUUUAAAAUUAAUAUUGGGUGUGCAUGUGCAAAGUUUUUGCAAGAAAAUUGAAGGACUUCCUGAAGUUUGGCAUCAUAAAGGUAGAAAGACCUGUAGUCACUGAGAUAUUGAAUGAAUUGUGGGUAUUAGAACUGUUCAACAUGACCAUCGACUGCUGCCUGGUUCAUUUUUAAUUGCUAGUGUAAGAACUGCUAAUGUUAACUUAUCAGCCUGGACAUAUCAAGCCAAACAGUUUAAUUUGUACUGGCACGAAUAGGAAACGGUUAUAUCCACAAUGCCAUUUUUAUUGUUUAAAGCAACAACCUCUUUUUGAAAAAAAAAAAAAUUGAAAACACAAGAAAAAUAUCUCUGAACGGUCCAGCACUUCUGUUUUUCUUCUGCUAGCGUUUCUCCAUUUGCUCUAUUUUUUUGUAGUUUUUUUGUCGUUUUCUUACCAUUGAAUCUGGUUGCAUGACAUCAGUAGAAAACCAUUUUAAUUUCAAUUGGCUCAGUUUCAUACAAAGGCCUGUGUAAAAAACCAAUGCAAUCGACGCAUUUUAACCUCCAAAAUACUGUCAGUAUUAAUAUACUUAAUAAUAGUAGUAUUAACGAAUUUCAUUCCCAUAUAACUUUUUUUUUUUUUUUUUUUAUCAAAGAGAAAAUAAAAAACGUGUUGCAUAGCUGUAGGCUAACACUUCUGGUAACAUUAGUGUGGCAGUAGUUAGUGGAAUUAUUUUAUUUUAUUUUAUUUUAUUUUGCAUCUCAGGAAUAUGUUCCACUUAGUUUUUUUUCUCAAAAACACAGGACAUGCAAUCCCCUCCCACCCGCUGUGUCCCUGGUUUCUGACGCUAUGUACCUGUUCGGUUUUUAAAAAUCAUUUAUGAUGUUAAUAAUAAUAAAUAAAUAAAAAAACGUGUUUUCAUUA